AGAAAAAUAAUGAUUUAUAUUGCAACAAUACUGCAUCAAAACAUUCAAAUAUUUUGCAAGUUUCAAGGUAUAUAACAAGUACUUUGACAAAAAGUUAUUCAAUGAUAAUUCAUCAGUACAUAGAAAAAUAUAAUUUCUAUAAAAAAAAUAAUCUUACAGAAGAGUCAAAAAAUUCAUUGUAUUCAACGAUGCUUUUAAUUAAUGAUUUUUUUAAUGAUAUUAAUGUGAUUGUGUCUGAAGCAAAGGAGGCAAUGGCAAAAACAUCAAAAGAAAUUCGUCCAUGUGAUCCACAAUAUCAUCAAAGAGGUGUCACUUAUGAGCCAUUAGUUAAUUUUAUUCAGGCACAAUUAUAUCGUGGCUGUUUUGCAGAUCCACUGGCAUUUGAUUGUGACAAAAAAACAAAUAUUAAUACUCAAUUUGUCAAUCCUAAUGAUAAAGAAAGAAAAGUACAGUACUUUGCAGUUGACAAGGGAUUACGUGUGAUGGGAAUUGGUCCAUCAAAACAUGUAAAAGAAUUUGGUAACAGUACAAAUAUAGAAAAUUUAGAAAAAAAAACAACUGAAUAUUAUUGUAUUCCAACAAUAUGUUAUGUUGAUGAUAAAGACAAUGAAUAUACUGUUAGAAAAUUCAGUUUAAAUACAGCAAAAGCAUCAGAUGGAUAUGUUGUAACAGGUGUUAAAUUAUCAUUGAAAAAUCGUAUUUUUUAUAUUGAUAUACAAGAAGGUAAAUUACUUCAAGGUGUUCUUGUUGAUCCUGACAGUUUAAGAUGGAAAAAUACAAUUGAAUCAAAUGAUAAUGUUAUCACAUUAGACAGAAAUCAUAGUUCAGUUAAUAUUGAUGAUGUAUACUUGCCAAAUGGAUCAUUUGUAACUGGUUUGAAAUUUUUACAUUAA